AUGAUUGGAAUGCGGCAGUAUCGGAAGCGUAUUGAGCUUGUUCUGAUGGUCUUCAUCGGCCUCGCCUGGGGCAUCCUCUUAUCAGAGUUAAUGCGGCGAAAUCGCUGGCAUGGAGCAUUUAAAAACAAUCAGGGAAUAAAUGGAGAAGCCACCAGCCGCCUCUUUCCUAGUAUUGGGAGGAGCAGCUCGUAUGGCCCUUAUCCACCACCGAAUUUAUCACCCCUGACCACGCCGUUCAUCAUCACCGAAGACUCAGUUCAAUUGGCCGCCCGCCUCUUAAAUGAGCCCCGUGUCCUGUGCCUAGUUCUGACCAGUCCUAAGGCUCAUAAAAGCCGGGCCGUUCACAUCCAGCGGACCUGGGGCACACGAUGUCACAAACUGAUCUUCUUGAGCACGAAGGAGGACAAGGAGCUGGGUGCCGUGGCGCUUAAUGUAAGGGAGGGUUACUCUAACCUUUGGGGUAAAACGAGGGCCUCCCUGGAAUACGUGUACAAGCACCAUUUCAAGGACUAUGACUGGUUCCUAAAGGCUGACGAUGAAACCUAUGUGGUAAUGGAAAAUCUGAGGGCUUUUCUAUAUGCCUACAGCCCAAAGUCACCAGUUUACUUUGGAAACAAAUUACACCAGAAUGUUACACAGAGUAAAAUCUCAAGCGGAGGGAAAUAUGUUCUAAGCAAGGCAGCUCUGCAUAAGUUCAUGAAGUACGCCUUUGAUAACAGUAGUAUCUGCAGCAACCUGAACAUAGGAUUCGAGGACAUAGAGCUUGGACGCUGCAUGCAGUCGGUGGGUGUGGUGGCCGGGGAUUCCCAGGACGAGCAGGGACUAAGCCGCUUCAUACCCUUCUCGCCCCUGCACUGGCACCAGGACCAUCGAAACUACACUACAUCAAAUGAUUCUAACGAUUGUUGCUCCGAUUCGGCCAUCUCCUUUCGCUCCGGUAAUGCCAAGGAGUUCUAUGUCCUGGACUAUAUAAUUUACAAUCUAAAAUCUUUUGGCAUCAACAAAGGGCAGGAGUACACGUCUCCGAAGAAGUCCUAUAUGGAUGCCUUAGGAACUAGACACAGUUCCCAAACGGAAGAAAUGGUUCCAAGUAAAAUGAAAUCAAACAAAAGCCAAUUACAAGCCAAAGUCAAUGGAUGA